UGCUGGGGACUUAUCAUUCAUACAUAAAGAUGGAAUGAUUAUUGUACCGGUCUUAAUCCAAAUUGCAACAGGCAUCGCCCCCUCCUCAAUGUUACGUCAGCGGUUUUUUACCCCUCGUUUGUCACAGACAAGGGGAGUCCAGAGAACGCUGGAAGCGUCCUUCUGCACAGCUCGGAGAUCCAGCGGGUGUCCCGCCAUGCCACAACCAAUAUCUCCCUUGUCAACUGUGUGAAGGAUAGUGAUACUGACACCGCUCUCCGCCGCAGGGUCAGCACUAGACUUGACGUUACAGCACACCCUCUCUCUCCUUCUCAACCCUGGGACUGAGCGGUCCACUCGCCGUGCCACCCUGGGUCUGACGCACUCCGCACCUUCCACCAUCACUCCCCAAAGCAAAACGGACUUUAUAGCGCGUGCCUCUCGGACCCUCCAGAGGAAGAGGGUCGUCGCCGCCGUGGUGGGCAUCGUCAUGGUGCUGGCGCUCAUCAUCGCCAUCCCCUUGCUAGUGCAAAGUACCAAGACCGACGCGCACUACGAGAUGAUGGGCACCUGUCGGAUGAUCUGUGACCCGUACAGCCCAAAACCGAGCGCGAGCGCCGUGGAGGUCAUGCAGGAGCUCAGCGCCGUCCCCUCGCCCGCACUGGUGCAAGGAACUAAAGGCGUGGUGGGUCGGCCGGGUAGACCUGGACCGAGGGGUCCGCCUGGCGAGCCGGGUCCACCCGGUCCUCGAGGGCCACCUGGUGACCGGGGGGACUCCGGGAGACCGGGUUAUCCUCGGGUAAUAUCGGGCACGGCUCGGACAGAGACCGGGGCAGAUAUAGGCUCGGUUAUUGGAGAUAACGCCAAGAUCGCAUUUUACGUGGGUCUGAAAAAUCCUCACGAGGGUUACGAGGUGCUGAGGUUCGACGACGUGGUUACGAACCUGGGGAACCACUACGACCCGACUACCGGGAAGUUCACGUGCCAAGUUUCCGGGAUCUAUUACUUCACUUAUCACGUUCUGAUGCGCGGUGGCGACGGCACGAGCAUGUGGGCAGACCUAUGCAAGAACGGACAGGUCCGCGCCAGUGCCAUCGCUCAGGACGCAGACCAGAACUACGACUACGCCAGCAACAGCGUGGUCCUCAAUCUGGACUCCGGGGACGAGAUCUACGUGAAGCUGGACGGGGGCAAGGCACACGGCGGGAACAACAACAAGUACAGCACUUUCUCCGGCUUCCUUUUGUACCCGGACUAAUCAGGUGGAGCUGGUCUAGAACCAUCGCGUACAUGGGUCAAACCCAGUGGGCCCAACGCGUUACGUUAGAGUAUUGGU